AUGGGCGUCCCUAAUCCUGACGAUGCUCUACCAAGCUACGACGAUGUAUUGAGAGAAGAAGAACAGCAGAGAUUAAACGCAGCUCCGCCACCAGCUGCUCCCAGACCCGAACCCCAGCAUCAUACUAGGCCGCCAGCCCCUAGACCACCAGCGCCUAACACUGGAUCAAACAGACCGCAUUCAUCCUUCCACAUACAGGGGAAUCAAAAACCACCGUUACCAUGGGUGUACCCAAGCAACUACCAUUGUAAAAAAUGUAAUAAUACGGGGUACAAGAUAAAGAAUGGUCGUUCAUGUAAGUCUUGUUGGCGUCGUUUCGCCCCAGUCAACAACGUCCAAUCUAACAUGCCAUUCAAUAUAACGACUACAAACAAUCCCUACAAUUACUCAUCCACUCCAUCACCGUUUAUGGGGGGCGGUGGGACUCCCUGGAGUUACGGGGGCGCCAACCAAAGACCUCUGAUGGUACAACCGGGCGAUCCUCGACUCGGUGGAGUUGUAUGUGGUGAAUGUAGAGGCUCAGGAAGAGUCAGAUUCUUCCUCGACGACGAUAUAUGUCCAUUAUGCAAUGGUUUAGGCAGAAUUGUAGGUCAUUCGUGA